AAUAAAUAUCCGUGUAGAAAAUCAGAACGACUCUUUCGGGCCAUCUUUAAAAUGUCAUUGGUAAACCAUACUUGAUCCUAAAUUCCUGUACUUCCUCAGGCCAUCCGAGCAUGAAACGCUGUCACCUACCCACAUCCGCUGGCUGUGACGCUUGUCAAAGUGUUCUCUAUCGGCUGCAUGCCUAGACCACCAAAGCGUUCUGUCCGGACAGUGUCACUGGCGAAGGCGGCGCGACAUGUCCAGGGCGCAGAUCUGGGCUCUGGUGUCUGGUGUCGGAGGGUUUGGAGCUCUCGUUGCUGCUACCACGUCCAAUGAGUGGAAAGUGACCACGCGAGCCUCCUCGGUGAUAACAGCCACUUGGGUUUACCAGGGUCUAUGGAUGAACUGCGCAGGUAACGCGUUGGGUUCUUUCCAUUGCCGACCGCAUUUUACUAUCUUCAAAGUAGCAGGUUAUAUCCAGGCAUGUAGAGGACUUAUGAUCGCUGCUGUCAGCCUGGGCUUCUUUGGUUCCAUAUUUGCACUCUUUGGCAUGAAGUGUACCAAAGUCGGAGGCUCCGAUAAAGCCAAAGCUAAAAUUGCUUGUUUGGCUGGGAUUGUCUUCAUACUGUCAGGGCUGUGCUCCAUGACCGGCUGUUCCCUAUAUGCAAACAAAAUCACGACGGAAUUCUUUGAUCCUCUCUUUGUUGAGCAAAAGUAUGAAUUAGGAGCCGCUCUGUUUAUUGGAUGGGCAGGAGCCUCACUGUGCAUAAUUGGUGGUGUCAUAUUUUGCUUUUCGAUAUCUGACAACAACAAAACACCCAGAUACGCAUACAACGGGGCCACAUCUGUCAUGUCUUCUCGGACAAAGUAUCAUGGUGGAGAAGAUUUUAAAACAACAAACCCUUCAAAACAGUUUGAUAAAAAUGCUUAUGUCUAAAAGAGCUCACUGGCAAGCUGCAUCUUGAGUUUGUUAUAAAAGCGAACUGUUCACAAAAUGAUCCCAAGGCCCUCCCAUAAUUAACACUCAAAACUAUUUUUAAAAUAUGCAUUUGAAGCAUUUGUUGAUUGCAAUGGAUGUAAGUGUUCUUACACAGUUAUAUACUAAUCAUUUUCUGUUGUGGCUUUCUAUAAAAAAUAAACAGGUUAUUUACAGGA